AUGUCUUCCCCGCGUCUACCCACUUCUCCUACUACAACUACUACUACCUCUACAUCCUCCUCUUCCUCUUUCUCAUCAACCUCUCUCUCAUCAUCAUCAUCAUCCUCCUCCUCCAUCGCUCGAAGUCGUCUCGCCUCCCUUUCCUCACACAUCAUGGGUUCCUCCAGCCCGUCCGUCUUCUCCACGGCCGUUGUGCCCGCCGCUCCAGAAGAUCCUCUCUUCGGUCUGGCUCAAGCUUUUCGUCAGGAUCCAUCGGACAAAAAGGUCGAUCUCGUCAUUGGCGCCUACAGAGACAACAAUGCAAAGCCUUGGAUCCUUCCUGUAGUAAAAAAGGCCGACGAGGCGAUCCGCAACGACCCCAACCUCAACCAUGAAUAUCUCCCCAUCAAAGGUCUUCCAGAUUUCACCUCGGCCGCUCAAAAGCUCAUAGUCGGUGCGGAUAGUGCAGCCAUCCGUGAGAAGCGAGUCUGCACACUGCAAGCCAUUUCGGGAACAGGUGCAUUGCACCUGGGCGCAUUGUUCCUGGCCAAAUUCCACCCCCUACCCCCCAAGGUCUACCUCUCCAGCCCCACCUGGGCAAACCACCACCAGAUCUUCACCAACGUCGGCCUCACCCUCGCCAACUACCCCUACUUCUCCGCCAAAACCAAAGGCCUUGACUUCGACGGCAUGCUCGUUGCCCUGCGCGAAGCUCCACCCGGCUCCAUCAUCGUGCUGCACGCCUGCGCUCACAACCCCACCGGCGUCGACCUGACCCAAGAUCAGUGGAAGCAGGUCGCGGUCGUCCUGCGCGAGCGCCAGCACUUCCCCUUCUUCGACACAGCGUACCAGGGCUUCGCGUCCGGCGAUCUCUCCCGUGACUCCUGGGCGAUCCGCUACUUCGUCGAUCAGGGCUUCGAGCUCUGCAUCGCCCAGUCCUUCGCCAAGAACUUUGGUCUGUACGGUCAGCGCACCGGCGCCUUCCACUUCGUUUCGGCCCCCGGCCCCGAUGCCGCAACUGCCAAUGCCCACAUCGCCUCCCAGCUAGCCAUCCUGCAGCGUUCCGAGAUUUCCAACCCGCCUGCGUACGGCGCGCGCAUCGCCAGCCGCAUCCUCAAUGACCCCCAGCUCUUUGCCGAGUGGGAGGAGGACCUCCGGACGAUGAGCGGCCGUAUCGCGGAGAUGCGCAAGGGUCUGCGGGAGCGCCUCGAGGCAAAGGGCACCCCCGGCAACUGGGACCACAUCACCAGUCAAAUCGGCAUGUUCAGUUUCACCGGAUUGACCGAAGCGCAAGUCAAGAUUCUGAGAGAAAAGUGGCACGUGUACAUGACCAAGAACGGCCGUAUCUCAAUGGCGGGCCUCAACACAAAUAACAUCGAUUACUUCGCCGAAGCGGUCGACAGCGUCGUCCGCGAGACCUCAUAA